AUGAACAGUAUCCUAUUUCAACGUGCAGUUUAUCCUCCAGAGGAUUUUAAAAUUGUAAAGAAAUACGGGCUCAACAUUCUUAUAACAAUUGAUGAUUCUUUAAAGUCUUAUUUAAAAAAACUUUUGACUCAAGUUGAAGCUUGGUUAAAUGCCGGACAAAUCAGCAAACUUGUAUUAGCCAUCAUGAAUGUUGAAACUCGCGAAAUACUUGAACGAUGGCAAUUUGAUAUACAAAUUACUGAUGAAAAUAAUAUAGGAAUGUAUGUUAAAAAUGAAAUUCAAGCAAUCAUUCGCCAAAUUACAGCCAGCGUUACAUUUUUACCUGAACUAGAUGAUGAAUGCAGCUUCAAUGUUCUUGCUUUCACUGACAAAAACGCAGAAGUACCAGCUGAAUGGGAUGAUUCGGAUCCACUUAUUAUUCAAAAUCCUGAAUACGUUAGGUUGAGAUCAUUUUCAACCAACAAUCACAAGGUUGAUGCCAUCGUUUCGUAUCGAUUGGGUCUUUAUGAUGACCAUAAAUAA